UUUCAAUCGAAAAAACAAGAACACUAAUCGAAGAUGUGGGACUUCAAAGAUCUUGACGAUUCCAUCAGUGUCAUUUCGGAGUCAACUGUAUAUCCGAACGACUCUUCACAAUGCUCUGAGCCUGAUCUCGAGCAGCAUGGUUUUAUGGGUUACCGCACCGACCGACAAACGGCAGGCGCGAUUUCCGCGCAAACCAUUGUUUUUAACAUCGGCCGUAUUGGGUCGAUUACUUACAAUAACUACGAAUGCAAACCUAAGGGCGAGAGUUAUUGUAAAGAACGUGGUUCCGGACAAUGUGGCACAUGCACUUGCACACGAUGCAAAUGUGUACCGUGCCCAUGUAAGUCACGGGGCCCAGAUAUUUACACACCAGGUCAGUGUGUAAUACCAUCGACUGGUACAUGUAUUGGUACAUGUGGCCGUUACCCGGUUCAGCCUCAGCCAGCACCGGUUGAGGUCCCAGGCAACCGGAAGAGGAAAGGGUCCCCUAUUAACGAGGCGGCACCUGAUAGAGAGGGGAAAAUGCCGACCACCCCAAAGAAGAUCAAGACUGCCCAACCUAAGGAGCAGCGAUCUCCUUUUCUCCCGCCUCGGUCGAAUCUGAUGUUCGGCGCGAAGAAAGCCGCAGACGGGCAGACGGCCGUACCGCCAAAUGUCCCGGUGCCCCAGGCUGGGGAUGGGAAGGCAGGAUUGGGAAAAGGUCUGGGCUUUGGUACGGGAAAUUUUGUACAGCCAAAGAUUCUGGUGCCUCAGGCUGGGACUAUGAAGGCGGGAUUGGGAAAAGGUUUGGGCACUGGUAUGGGCAAGUUUGUACAGCCUAAGAUUCCGGUGCCUCAGGCUGGGAAUGGGACAGUCUUGGGUCGGAGCAAAUCAGACCCUGGCAACAUCUUUCGCCCGGGGCCGCCGGCCAAGAUGCCACCAGCUAAAGGAACGCUCCCUGCCCCGAAGAUGCCAGCUGUUGGCAAAUUUGGCAAAGGACCAGCCGCGAAAAAGAUCACGGCCGCUAAGAAGGCUCCAAAGACGGCGAGCACGUCGGAGUCCAGCCCGUCGGAGGCAAGCGGGUCGGUGUGGAGCGCGUCGGGGUCGAGCUCGUCGGAGACGAGCUCGGACGAUGCCUGGAUAAAUGCUCCAGUAUGGUGAUAGGUAGGUGGGACCUUUUUCUUAUGUCCGUUAGGUACCUGGGGAGUUAAGUCUUGAGG